AUGUCGACGCCCCGGCGGACGAUGACGCCGAUCCGCGGCGCGAGCGGCUCGCUGCGGCCGCGGUCCGCAGAUACGCCGCUCACGUUCUUGCAGGACGAGGCCCUGCCGAUUCUGGCCGAAGAAACGACCGCGCUGCAGGACAACUUGGCGCAGAUCGCCGAGAUUCAGCAGGCGCUCUCGACGUUCAACGAAAACUUUGCCGCGUUCCUGUACGGCAUCAAGAUGAAUGCCUUCUGUGUCGAGUGGCCCGAGGCGCCCACGGAGGCGUCGCUGCGCGCGCUCUCGCGGUCCGCGCCGCCGCCCAUCGAGGCCGAUCAGACGUACAUGACCGACGCCCCAACCCCACCGCGGCCAGCGCCACCGUCGCCGUCGCCGCCGCCACCGCCGCCGCCCACGUCACGGCCCGCUCAGCGCCCCGCAAGUCAAGCCACAGCGCGUCGUGUCCCCCCUGCCGUCCAGAAAAAGCGCGCGGCCUUCGCCGACCGCAUCGUCGACACCAUGCCUCUCGAGUACCGCCAGGGCGAUCCAAAGCUGCGCGCCUUGCUACAUCACAUCAUCUAUGCACUCCUCCAGUCAAACGACAAGGGCGUGCGUGUCGCGGACAUUGCCGCCAAGACACCGGCAUGGCCCGCCGGCAAAAUCAACAAGGCCCUCAUCGCGCUGCUCGCAGCGAAUCAUGUGGUGCGUGUAUCGGACCAGGGCGUCGUGUACCGCUGGAACACACAAAGGCACCCCGUGCGGCCGUAG